AAAAUAUUGUGAAAUAUUCUCACCAUACCAGUUUCAACCGGCUUCUGCAUCUUCAAACCAGCCGAAUGCCGUUUCAAUUCAUUGGAUAAAUUGUUUGUCGCAUGAUAGUAAGAGUUUGGUCUACAAUACAACCUUACCUUGAGCUGAAAUCAUGAAGCGUAACUUGUUUGGUGGAGCAAUGACCAUCUUCCUUCCAGAAGAUGUACUGGAUGCCAGCAAAGUCAGACAAAUUCCUGACAACCAAGAAGUGUUCACGCAUUCCAAAACAGACCAGAGUAUGAUCAUCGAGAUUCUCGAAUAUGUGAAUGAACCGGAUCAGAUGGCUAUCAGAACACAUUAUGGGGAUAUUGCUGGUUGUAAUGAUGCUGCUACAGAUGAAGACACUCAGAUACUUCAUGUUGAACAGAUUCCUAAAGACCAAGUUGGUAUGUCCCAAUGCCAAAGUGCUUGGUUCAUUGCUGGAAAACAGAAGGUUGCAAAGUUCCAUGAAUCUGUCAAAAAUGAGGUCAACAUUCACAUGGCGGUCUUCCGACUUCAGCAGUAUGAUUCUGACAUAUUGAUCACCUUCAAUGACCCAGUGGCAAUCAACCCUGAUAGCAGCAGUCACGGAGCUAUUCCGGUCUCAACACAGCCAUGGUCUAUAGAACAGUUCAGGAAUUCGGUUAUGUCGCUGGAAAUAGUCAAUGAAGAAUUGUUUGGAUGAAGAUUGCGAAUGGACUUUAAGAACGCUCAUCCAGCUUUAAAAUAUUGAGUUCCGGCUCUUCUGUGCAUGGAAGGGUCUUCUACUUUAGUUUAUCCUUUCUGUAAACUUUGAAGCUUGGCAGGACUGAGGACUUGACUAAAAUGGUCAAUAUAUUUAGAGCCAAGACACUACAAUUUACAAGAAUUGUAUCUGUGCUCUCAACUUGUAAUAAGUCUGGCCUGAGAAAGACUACCUCCCUGAGGCUUACGAUGUGUAUGCCGGUGUGUGACAUCUCGAUCCAUCACAGGUUUAGAACUUGAACUGGUGCAUGAAGAUUCCAUUAUUUAUGUGUGUUAUUGUGGUGUGGUUACUAUUAAACAAGGGACAUUGAAUACCUCUAUGAGGUUGGAUUAUUUCAUCUAAAGCCGAAUGCUGAUAAAAAUUCAUGAAUUUUGAAUAAUCAUAACUUCAAUGAAGUUCAAGUUGAAUACUCCUGGUUGAUGUAUGUUUCUGAUAUUUUUUUAACAGUGUAACACUUUUUGGUUGCCACACUCUCUUGGAGAAAUGUGCUAUUUUUCAAGCUUUCAUGUACAUUGUAUUCAUUGUAAGACAAUAAAGGAAUGUCAUUAAGUUUUA